GGAUUUUAAAAAAAAUCGCGCGAAUUUUCAGGGAGAGUUGAGCACGCUGAGAGCCGUACAAGGUGUUCCCUGUUUUAAGUUCUUUAAUUUGAGAGAUAAAAAACAUGGCUAACCAGAAUGAUGAAACCCGCCUGCCUCCUGCUUUACACAAUGCUUUAAAGGACCAGAAGCUGCAUUCGAUUCAUUCAUUUUUGUUGAGAUUGAAUAACAACAGUUGCUCCAAUAUUACCUGCAAUAAAGCUGGAACUGUAGAGGAAUCGCUGAAGAUAAGUGCACUGUUUAAAAAAACGACUGAGAAGAACAAAGGCAAAGAGCUUGUUAUAUUAAGGGAAGGAAAGGCCAUCAGUCCAAACUUUCCUUGCAUUUUAAUUAAACCACAAGAUGAUCUUACUGUGAAGUAUGUGAAAGCUGUAGAGCAGCCAAGGAAACUGGUUGGUGCCUACACUUCUUUCUGCCGGAACAAAAGGCCUUCUGAGCUUGUGAUUUUCCAUGUGUUGACAAAGGGAGGUAAAAGUAUUAUGAAAAUCCUGAAAAAUCCAGCUCUGAGAGCAAUACAUGAAAUUACUAUUUAUGCAUACAAAGGAGAGACUGUGAAGCGUGCUCUAAAAAGAGAUGGGCGUCUCCUCAGCACCAUAUUCAAGAAGAAUAUUGUGCUCUCUAACAAAAGCACUUCAGUAAAAACAGAGCUCUCUAACAUUGUUGAUGAGCUCAAUGAUGAAACAUUCCAGAUUAUUUUGCUAGACAGGUCAAGUCCACCAGAGAGUCUGCCUGGUAGUCUUGAUGAAGCAUAUCUGGUGCCAAAUGAAAUCCAGGGUCAGUCAGAGAAUGACAACACAAUGAAACAGGAUUCGGAGGGUAAUGAGAAAAUAACGGCAGGUAAUUUGCCUGUUGAAAUACCCAAUUCCAAAAGGAUGCAGAAUCAGUUAUGUUACCAGUUUACAGAAUCGUUGAAUGACAUAAAAACUCAUAUCCCUAAGCUAUCUCAUAUCCAGAACCUUUUCCGUGUGGAUUUUGGACAGAGUGCUCAGAUGUGCAUUGAGGUGGACACCAUGAAGAAGCUGAUGGGUCACAGUGAUUCUGUCUGUCAGGUGAGAAUAAACAGCAAGCCAAGUGGAAGUGGGUUCCUCUUGUUUGGCAGCUUUGUCCUCACUAAUGGCCAUGUCAUUCAAAAUAUUUACAAUGAGACCAGGGGCCAGCUCAAUGAGAGGGUCUCUGUACACUUCUCUUAUGAAAGAGUGGAGCAGACUGAGCCAGGACUAGAUGUGGUGGAGCUUGUUUGCUUUGAGUGCAUCCCUGAUGUGCCUGGUGGAGACUGGGCUUUGUUAAAGCUCAGUGAUAACCAGAUGAUCCCUAAAGCGCUGUUAAAGCACUUUGGCUUUCUUCCCAAAGAUGGUGGCAUUUCCAUUAUUGGGCAUCCAGAUGGAGGUGUGAAAAAAACAGAUCGAUGUCUGAUUGUUCCCUCGCAAAAUCGCAUUAAGGUGGCAGAAAGACACUAUUUGGAAAAUAAGGACUUCGUUCAGUUGGUUACUAGCGGUUUCUUUGAGGGCGUUGCAGAAUCUAUUUACCCAAAAAAGUUUCUUACAUACGAAUCUUGUUUUUAUCAUUGCUCCUCUGGUUCUCCUGUUUUUGAUAAGCAAUCCAAUGUUGUGGCUAUGCAUUCAGGAGGCUACAUCUACCGUUCUGCGAGCGGAGAAACCCAGAGUGUGAUAGAGUUUGCUCAUCCUUUGUCAGCCAUUAUGGUGCGCCUCAUACUCCAGGUGGUAGUGAGAGGAAAGCAUGAUGUGUUAAAGGAAUACUUGGCUUGCAGUUACGCUCAGCAUGAAAUCGUUAUGGAGGGCGUAAAGAAUCUGGUGAAAAAAGGAAAUGUUGAUUUUAGAAAUGCAGUCAACAAUUUGUGUACUGCUGCUGUUUCAAAGGAUGUAAGACUAAACAAAUUCCUGACGUUCUUCUGUCAAACAGACGAGCCCAUACCGAUGGAUAUUUCUUGAACAUAAUUGUAGUAGAUUUAUUGCUGACAGAAAUAUCACAGUUCAGGAUCGUCACGGUUUUAUUUAGGGACGAUUUUUUUCUCUUUAUUAUUAAACAACUUUAAAAAAAUGCAUAUAUGCUUUUUGCAGAUAUCACAUAUUGUCUGAAUUUCAUUUUCCUGAUGUUCAUCCCUAUAAUCUAAAAUGUAUUUGAACAGAAAGUGAGAAUGGAAUAAAAAUGCAUGUUGGACUGCAUGUUUUUCCACCUUAUAGCACUUUUAAUAUAAUGUCUAAUGUGGGUCCUUAAUGGGUGGUUAAAAAAAAACUAAAUUAAAUGAAAUUGCACCUAUUCAAGAUUUGUUGUAUUUGUAGAAAAUAUCACAAUGGUAAAAAGUAGUGAAAGGAUGACAUUCUUGGACUUAGAGGAUAACUGUUUUGUAAAAUACUUACCUCAACAUGUCCUUGCAAUGGUUUUUUUUUUAAUUAUCAAAAAAAAAGUGGUUUCCCUCACCCUGCUGGAGAUAUUUGCCUGAGCAUAAUGCUGCCACCACCAUGUUUGACUGUUUGGAUGGUCUGUUCAAGGAUGGCAUGUCUUGUGGCAAACGUAAAACAGGAUUUCUUAAGGCUUUAUUACAUUAUUCUUAUUUCUUUUGAGUAUAUCAAUGUUAAAAAAUGUCUAGUAAUCUGAUGAUUGUAUUUCUUUAGAUAUUGCUGACUUCUGAUGUGUCUGCAUUCACAUUUCUUUAUAACUGCUUGUUUAGAAUGAUCAAUAACGCCAUCCUAUUUUGAUCAUUUUUCUUUUUUCUGUGUUUGACUUUAUUUUGGAAAGUGAGUCUGAGCAUUUAUGUACAUUUGUUUGCAUAAUAUGCAACUAUUUUAUGUGAUUUAACGAUUUUCCUUUUAAAUAUUUUGAUGUAACGGUUUGUAGGGCAUUUUGAAUAGGUAAAUAAUAUAAUGUAGUGUAGAUGAAUUAAUGUUUGGUGUAGGUUUAGUAGUAUUUGCAUAUUACUCAAGUUAUAUUUAGAUUUAGUUUCUUUCUGGUGUGUUUUUCAUCAUCAUAAAUGGAAUAAUAAUUUGUGACUGUAAAAUUCUCAGUUGAACUUAUACGAAAUAUAGAGGUGCUUUGUAAAACUGUGCCUUAUAUGCUUUGAACUUUUCCAAAUGUUGUCAUGUUACAACCUUCAAUGUAUUUUAUUGCAGCUUUAUAUGUUGGCACAUAACUGAAACUGAAGAAAAAUAAAUGGUUUUCAAAUUUAAAAAUAAAAAUGUCAAAAGUGUA